AGGCCCCAUACUCUACAACCUUGUCCAAUGGAAAGAGUGAUCAGAAUUGUUUUCUUCCUUAGUAUGCUCAUCGACGGAUGUUUUCUACUUCCGGUCGUGAUGAAUAUUCAAAUCUUUGUCACGGUUCGCGAAAAAAAGAAUGGCAAGGCCAUCCUUUUCCAAAUUGGUAAAAAUAACAUAUAUAGUGCUUUCGUCUUGACUGUGUUCUCUUCUAUCCUCAUCUCAACAUUCGCAUCUUCUCAUCUACUGCAUCUACUGCCUCUUGCUUCAUCCUCAAUCAAUCUCCACACUUAAAGAUGCGUUUCUCAGCCAUUGCUGCAGCCGUCACUGGCCUACUUUCCAUUGCUUCUGCUGCACCCACCAAGAGACAAUCUGCCAGUACCGAUAUCGACGCAAUAAUCCUCCAAUAUGCCUUGACGCUCGAGCAUCUGGAGAAUGCUUUCUACAAGAAAGCACUCUCCAUGUGGGACCAAGCUUCAUUCGUCGAAGCUGGAUUUAAUGCCUCGAUAUACAACGACCUCAAGUACAUUGCACACGAUGAGGAGGGACAUGUCGUCUACUUGGAGGCCGGUCUCACAGCAGCUGGAGCCAUGCCAGUUGCAGCUUGCACCUACGACUUCCCAAUGACUACACCCAAGGAGUUCAUCGCUCUCGCAUCAGUCAUCGAAGGCGUCGGAGUUUCAGCAUAUCUUGGAGCUGCACCUCUCGUUACAAGCAAGGCCUACCUCAGCGCUGCAGGUGCCAUUCUAGUUACUGAGGCUCUUCAUCAGUCUACUACUCGUGGUGCAAUCGGCGAGAUUCCAAUGGCCAACGUUUUUGGCACCCCAAUGGGCAUCAAUGCGACCUACUCAAUCGCCAGCGCUUUCAUCACUUCCUGCCCGUCGACAAACAUGGCGCUUCCGGUAGCAGCUUACCCUGCCCUCACCCUGGUCAGCGGUUCUCCCACAGCUCCAAGUGCUUUGAUCGACCUUGAGCCCAAGACCAUGCCAUCAGGCACCUACUAUGCUACAUUCGUCAGCGGUCUGGACAUCGUUGCUGUUGCACCACAAAGCAGUAGCAAUGGUAUGAUCAUGGUGCCCGUUCCCGCUAUGGUUUCAGGCCAAGGGUAUGUGUUCCUUACAAAGGACAACUCUGGAAAUUUGACCGACUCCAACAUUUUGGCUGGACCUGCUAUCCUUGAGGUCACCCCAAGUUCCCCAACAUUCAACCUGACUAUUACAUAAAUAAUUAGUCUCGCUGUCAUCGGUUCAUCUUUUCUUCCGCAACCUCAUGUCAGCUUUUGGGGGAAC